AUGCAGGCGUUGCCCAAUGCGCCCCAACAUGUUCUGUCAGGUUAUGAGGGGAUCGUCGAAGGCAGUAGCAUUAGCCGCAGUCCCAGCGCUACCCACGGUGGGCGUAGGCAGGACGACAGGACUGCUACCAUCGAGGAUAGAGAUGGGGAUCCGGGGCAACAUCUGGCGCCCCGAUUGUCCGAGACGCCCCCGCCGUAUCGCGAAGCUUUAGCGAGGAACGGGUCCUGCGAGGACCAUUCUCAAACACCACGGACGGCCCCGGGGUUGAUCCCCAAGAUCUCUGAGCUGACCAAAUCGAUGCCCUCGAGUCAGCAGACAUCGAUGCCGAUGCUGGUAUCCCCUGAAGGUUCUGAGUGCUUUGAAAGCGUUCGUGACGACGACACACUUUCGCAACGGCCAAAUUGGAUCAACCAGCCAUACUCUGAGCACAAACCUAGCGUGCUGGAUGCGGAAAAGGCGAAGGUGGAUGCGUUCCACAGAUCUGAACAGGCUGGUUGGGACGACGACCGCUCCGCAAGGCGACGCUGGAUGGACGCACCGAUGCCUAUGGACGCACAGCAAUCAGCGCGGUCUAGUUGGACCAAUGAGACCGAUUCCGUGGCCGCACAAUCUGCUCAACUUGGCUGGAUGGAAACCAGAUCCGUAGAUGCACCCUCUACUCGACCUGGCUGGAUCAACGAAGAGGGAUCGGUGGGCGCACCAUCCACGCGACUUGGCUGGAAUGACGACACCGGAUCCAUAAAUGCACAGUCGGAACAACCCGGCUGGAGUAACGACAUGGCAUCGGUAACGGACGACCCAGGGUUCAGGCGCCUUGGUUUGGUACACGAUACCGCAUCCGUGGGCGCUCAGUCGGUACGACCCGGCUGGAUCAAUGAAACCUCAUCGAGAAUGGACGACACAGAGUCCGUCGGGUUUCAUGCUCGGCAAUCCAGCUGGUUGGCCAAGCCCGACUCCGUGGUACAUGAAUCCGAGUUAGCGCGACCUGAUCGGAUUCAAGGGGAGGCAAGGUCGCAGUCACCCGGAUGGGUCAACGGAAAAAAGGCCUUCCCUACGUCGGGGGGCCGACUGUCAGGGUGGGAUUCUCCGAAGAACACGCAGGAGGAUCGUGUGGAUGGCCACGAGAUGACGAUGGGGGGACAGUCCAGUUCUGAAGGCGCUGCAAGGCCCCAGAGCGAGUUGGCGGAAUCCCCACCAACAAUUGCAAAACGUGUGACUGGAGGGGCAGCGCGUGAUAUGUCUGGAAAAGCCCAUCACGGUGAUGGUGGUAGCGACAUGAGCGACGAGGGCGGGCUGCUGGGUCUGAUCAUGGAAACCAACAGAGAGGAAGCCAUCCGUAGGAGAACAGCGAGGUUGCGUAGCACGGAGCGUGCUCGUCGCGUUUUCUCGUCUUCCCCGCCCGAGCGGACCUCCAAAGAGAUGGGAGACUCGCCGAGGCAGCAAGCCCCUCGACAGCCAACUGCUGAGGUGCCAGCGGCUAAGAUCACGAUCUUACGUUCAAACACUUCGCCCCCGUCUGAAAGUGUGUCUACGCCGACCCAAAGAGCCGUUAGAGCAAAGCGAUCGCUUACUCCUACUGCGCGAUCGAAUUUUGGCGAAGGUGUUGCAACUUCGAGCCCGCCCGCAAGGCGAGACAUGCCUAGUUUGAAUGGCAAUGACAGAGCGCGGGAGUACGGGGGGAGGGGCCGGCGAGACGGGACAAACAAGAUCUCUUCAAUCCGGCGCAAUGCUAGUAGCGACAGGGCUGAUGCGAUCGAAGUAGGCGCUAAGGAGGCCAGGCGUUUUUCGUCGGGGGUUUCGCGUGUUUCUUUCGAAGGUCUCCCGCACAGUGAUUCUCCGCGGAAGAUAGGCAAGAAGGCGUCUUCCCCCGCACGGGAUCCAACGACAAGACCCCCCAUUCCGGCGCCGGUGGUGCAACGUGGUUCCGGAGUUGCGGUGUUACCAAGGACUGACGGCGGGGUAAGCAGCGAGCGGGAAAUGAUCAGUGGUUCCACUCCUCGAGGAAAGCCUCCUCUUCCCUCGGAAACGCCCGACAGUGCCGGCAGCGAAAAUAGCGCGCUGGGAGGAAAACCCGUCGACCCGGAAUUCCGGGGCAGCAAGGGGCCACAGUCUUCUCCACGCAAGAAACCGCCGACGAUGCCCGAACGCACCUUGAACAUGCCGCCCCUGCAAGUGGUAAUAAGUGUCAGUAGCCCUGCGCACAAACCACGCGACACUCGGAAGCGUGGAGGCAGCAAGUCCCGCAAGCCUAAAGAGAGUGCGGACGGCUCCUCACGCAAGUCGAAUAACGACGAAGCCCGUCCACGUAGAUCCUCUGAAACGAGCAGCACGAGCAGCUCAGACAGCGCAAAUCACGGCAACGGGAACACUCGACGUCGAGACCGCCUGCGAUCGUCAGAGGUGGCCGCGGAGGCAGUAGAUUUGGUGCGGGGCAGGACUUCUCUGGAUCAGCCUCCAGCUCAGCCAACCCCGGGGAGGAGGGCCUCAUCAACGAGCGCGCCUUCUGCCCCUAAACGAGAGAUCAAGAUGUGGAACAGCAAGGACCCCGCUGGUGCGGCUGCGGCAGCUUCGUCUGCUUCGGCUGCUGCUGAUGCUGACGGAGCUGCGGAACCCGAGGCGCUUGCACCCGCCCUUCAACUAGCAGUAGGGCACGCGCAAGGAGUGGUUCUGCCCUUGUCCAAGCAGAUAUUGCCGACAGGGCGAAGAGUCCGGGGACAGCAGCCUUUCAAGCUGGGCACGCCGAGAGAGCGCAAGACGACACGAAACCCUUCGCGAACACGCAUGCGAAUCAGGUCUGACUUGCCGCCAUUGGAGGAGGAAGUAGGCAUCCCCACGAGCCCCGUCGCAACCAGCAUCAACGUCCGGUGGCCCGGCGAUUUUUCGGGGUCUGCUCAUGCCGACAAGAAUCAUACUGCGAUGGGCAGCGACAAGGACUUGGCCGACAGGCUGCUUGCGGAAAAGCUCGGAAAAGCUCUGCAUCACGGCGCUCCUAUUACAUCCCCUGGGACCCUCCCGAAUAGCACUGCCAACAGUCUCCCGCUGGAAGUGGCGGCAGCAAGUGCCACGAAGACACAGAGGGACGCAGAGCACCGCAAGCCUAGUGCUAGAGCGCCCGACAAGGACGAGGCGGCCAAGAGCUGGCUCAACCGCCGCGCCCAACGCCAUUCGGGCAACCUGAGUCGAGAUGAUUCAUUCAGGCGCAGAGGGUCGCAGCGGUUGUCAAGGUCGUCCAGCUGGGAUGACCUCAGCUGUAGCAGCUUUGGCCAACGGGCGAUGUUCAGUCCCGGCAGGUUCAACCCUACCGCUGGCGCGCUGAGCUGGGUCGGAAGUGUGGACGACAGCUGGUGUGACAGCUCUGUACGCAGCGCCAUGACCGCUGGCACGCGCAACUCAUCGACCACCAGUCUCAGCGCAAGAGGACUUUCAGACCGCAAGCUCGUCACGCCACAGCUUUCCAAGGGCGAAAAGCAAACUGUCGAACGGCUCAAGAUCAAGCGAUCAGACGUCCACUUCGGUUACCGCCCUCUUGAAGGCAGCGACAGAGUGUACAAAAUCGAGCUGAACGGGGAGAUGCGCGCGGCAAAGGUGUUCGACACCUUGGGAAUGAGCAAGGAGGAGAUGACGGAGGUACUCGACACUUUCGACGCGGAACUCUUGGCUCUUUCACGCCUGAGCACCCCCCACAUCGUCCAGGCGUACGGUGCGUCUGUGUCACCGGCCGAGAUUAUCAUGGUGUCGGAGUUUGUGGAGGGAGGUGUUCUACGCCGUCUCCUCCACAACCCCCUCAAGCUCAAGGAUCUCACGCAGAGGGUACGCUUGGGCAUUGCAAAGGACAUAGCUUUGGGCAUGAGGAGCCUAUACGCACACGGUAUGCAGCACCGUCAUCUCUCGUCCGACUCUAUCCUCCUGACCAGUGACUAUCGGGCCAAGAUACUCGGUGUCGGUCUGACCAUGACGACCGAGCUGAUCGACUUCUUCACCGGCGACAAGCGCGCGGAAGAGCAGGCAGAAAAGGAGCUACCGUGGGCGUCGCGAGAGGUGCUGGCCGGUGCCGGCUUCAGCGAGAAGAGUGAUGUCUACAGCUUCGGAAUUGUGUUCUGGGAGAUCAUGCAGAAGGACCCCUCCCUGCCCUACGCGAACCUUCUACCGAGCCAGGUGGUUGGGGCCAAAUACAACGGUGAAGGCCCUUCGAUACCAGAGGACUGUCCGGUGGCAAUCAGUAGGUUGAUGAAGAGCUGCUGGAGCAACCUGCCCGCUGAUCGACCCUCGUUUGACAAGGUCGUAGAUGCCCUAGAAGCUCUUUGCCUCUAGACACCCUGCGAGGUGCGCGUGCAGUGCAUUGUAGCAGCGUCCCAGGCACGGUUGUUGAGUUGACACUCCACCCAUUCGUUUUAUGAAGAUUUUCAACUGGAUCCAGUGGAACUCGGUGGCGGCGGAAGGUGUUGCUUGGCGUGUUUGUGCCAAAAAUCGUGCGGAACUGCAGUCAUGUUAUCAAAAUCCAAGUAUCAGCCGUCUUGACCAAAGAAUUGAACUGUCAUUGACGUUCGA